GCGGUCCGAGCCCUUCGGCGCAGCUUCCGCCCGCAGCGGGAUAACGCACUUCCGCUUCCGGUCCGGAGGGUCGCGGAGUCCGAAUUUGGAGGCCCCAGGCCCUGAAGAAUGAAGAUUUAAAUACAAGGCCAUGGCUAACCAUCUGAAGUUCAUUGCCAGGACUGUGAUGGUUCAGGAGGGCAAUGUGGAAGGUGCCUACAGAAUCCUGAACAGAAUCCUCACCACCGACGGGCUGACUGAAGUCAUAAAGCGACGGCGGUACUAUGAAAAGCCUUGCCGUCGCCGCCAGCGGGAGAGUUAUGAGACGUGCCGGAGGAUCUACAACAUGGAAAUGGCUCGAAAGAUUAACUUCCUGAUGCGCAAGAACCGUGCAGACCCAUGGCUGGGCUGCUGAGCGGGGAUAGGAGCCCACAUUAGUUCUAUGCCCAGCUCCUUUAUCCAACCAAUUCCUCUUCCUUUUCUCUACAAUAAACUCAGUCACAGGUGAACAAAAAGGCUUGGACAUACAGGAGCUAUCUUAUUGCUCCCCAGUGGACCCUUUCUUUGAUUAAAAGGAAAAUAAAGAAUGAAAAAAAUGGGA